AUGGCAGCAUCCGUCUCUUGGUCGCAACGAUGGCUCAGACCAGAGGUCUACCCAAUCUUCGCCGCGUUAGGUUCUGCCGUCGGUUUGUGCGCCUUUUUCUGCACGAGGCAGUUGACCACUUCUCCGGGCUUUACCGCGAGCAAAGCGAAAAGAGCGACGGCGAUUCCGGAAACCGCGCAAGACUUUAAAGAGGGUGAAAAGUUUAGAAACCACUUCAUCCGUCGCUCGGUUUUAGGAAUGAAACCGGAAAUUAUGCCCGGGUUGAACUCGAGCAUGACAAAAACGAACUAA